ACGACGUGGAGUAAUCAGCCAAGCCGGCUGGCUACCCAGAUCACAUGAUUAUGUAGAAACAUGAAACUUGACUAUGUGCUCGAGCAAGUUUUACUUCUCCCUACUGUAGGGUGUUUGCCAGCAGCCUGCACUCUCGGAAAUCAGACUCAAGUGACUGGGACCCUUGAGAUCAAAGGCUUACCAUGCUUCUCCCUAAGAGGGCCAGGGCCUGCUGACAUUACUGCUGACGGUUAUUCGUGGUUCUUAUAAUUAACAAAAAGAAUGGACAAGCUUAAUAAAAUAACUGUCCCUGCCAGUCAGAAGUUGAGGCAACUUCAAAAGAUGGUCCAUGAUAUCAAGAACAAUGAAGGUGGAAUCAUGAACAAAAUAAAAAAGCUGAAAGUCAAAGCACCUCCAAGUGUUCCUCAAAGGGAUUAUGCCUCAGCAAGCCUGACACGGGGAGAGCUGCACUCACCAUCAGCCCCGCCUCAUGGAACUAAGACUAGAGGAAUGAAACUUAGACUCGAAGAGAACCCUGUUGACGAAGAAGAGCAGUGGUCAGAUGAUUUUGACAGCGACUAUGAACACCCAGAUGAGCACUCGGACUCAGAGAUGUACGUGCUACCUGCUGAGGAGACUGGGGACGACAGUUACGAGCCGCCACCUGCGGAGCAGGAGACAAGAACCGUUCACCCAGCCCUGCCCUUCGCCAGGGGCGAGUAUGUAGACAAUCGGUCAAGCCAGAGGCAGUCUCCGCCCAUCAGCAUGACACUUCCCAGUAAGCCCGACUGGCCUCCGCCAAAAGCAAAAGCCAGGCUGACCUCCACUCUGCCGGCUCUGACUUCUCUUCAGAAACCUCAAGUCCCACCCAAACCCAGGGAACUUGAGGAUGAGGUGGAUUAUGUGGUCCCUGUGGAGGAUGGAGAUGAGAACUACAUUCACCCCACAGAAGGCAGUUCGCUCCCGGCAGAAAAAGCUCCCAUGGUGAAUAGAUCCACCAAGCCAAGUAACUCCUCAAAGCCAGCCUCUCCUCCAGGGACAGCUUCAGGUCGUAACAGUGGAGCCUGGGAUGCUAAGUCAUCUUCUCCUGCUGCACCAUCCCCACUGCCCAGGGCUGGGAAAAAACCAGUUACACCACUGAAGACAACUCCAGUUGCCUCUACACAGAAUGCCUCAAGCAUUUGUGAAGAAAAACCUAUACCUGCUGAACGCCACCGAACAUCUAGUCACAGACAAGAAAAUAUGCAAUCAUCAAUGUUUCCUCCUACCCAGAAACAAAUCCAUCACAAACCCAUACCUCUGCCAAGAUUUCCAGAAGGAGGAAGCCCAACUGUAGAUGGCCUAUUUUCAUCUAACCCUCAUUUGUCAGAACAGGAAGCAGACAUUCACUGCAAGCCUUGGUACGCUGGUGCCUGUGAUCGGAAGUCUGCUGAAGAGGCUUUAUACAGAUCAAACAAGGAUGGAUCAUUUCUUAUUCGGAAAAGCUCUGGCCAUGAUUCCAAACAGCCAUAUACACUAGUUGUAUUCUUUAAUAAGCGAGUAUAUAAUAUCCCUGUGCGAUUUAUUGAAGCAACAAAGCAGUAUGCUUUGGGCAGAAAGAAAAAUGGAGAAGAGUACUUUGGAAGUGUUGCUGAAAUUAUCAAGAAUCAUCAAUAUAGCCCUCUGGUUCUCAUUGACAGUCAGAAUAAUACAAAAGAUUCAACAAGACUGAAAUAUGCAGUUAAAGUUUCAUAGAUUUUUUGAAAAAGGUCAACAUCAUCGCUUCAGACAUUUUCUUUAUUUCUGCUUUUGAGAAAAAGUCCCCAAACUUCAUAUUUUGGAUUCUGAAUCCUCCAGUAAUAGAAGAUGGAGGCAGCUACUGAAGUGGUCAUCCAUUUCUUUAUAAGAAGCUCACAUGGACUUGUUCUAUUGCCUGACCUGAUGAACUGUGAAUAUUUGGUGAGGUUGAGUUAUCAUGCUACUAAUAUUCUUCAAAUAAAUGCCUUUAUUUAAAAGAAAUAGGUGUAAAGUCUUUUUAGUCAUGUAUGAAAAUAACCCUCUGUUUUCAAAAUAAGAAAAAAAAUACUCUUGGAUUAAAACAAAGCUACUGGAAAUUUGAGCCACCACAAUGGUCACUGGUACACUAAUGUAAUGUCUACUGCCAAUGCUUGACAAUUAUGUCUUGGUUGAAAUUGCAAUGUGUAGAAAAUAAAAUAUAGACAAUGUACAAUAUUUAUAAGUACAGAUUAAGGGGGAUGUCUGUUUUGUGAGUGGGAAACUGCAACUAAGCCAUGGGAGAUGUAUGUGAAUAGGAACUUUCUAGAAGUCCUUGUCCACAAUUAUGUUGUUAGCUUUGUUUAUUAAAAAUAAUUAUACUUC